GUUUCGUUGACCUCUUCCAUCUCCUUUAAACAAUACCAUUAAAGCUUGUUAUACUUAAUGUACACUACUACUGCUUGAUAUACAAAAUGCUUAUUAUACUUAAUGCACUGCAAUAAUAGGAAGAGGUGGGAGAAGGAUUCAAACAGGACAAGGAAGUAGAUGUGGUUCUGCGAUUGGUAGCCGCAGUAAAGAAAGAGGUGGUCAAUGUAAACGAGGAAGGGGUACACUAAGAAAAGAAAGCCAAUUAUCUCAACUCAAACAUCGGCAACAAAUCAAUGAAGAAUGUGUAGUCAUUUGAUGUAAUGUCACUAGUUAUUCCAACACUUAUGAGCUUUUGGAAAUUAAAAGCUCUUAAGUGCUUGUAGUUUAUAAUUUAGCAAGAACACCGUGAUUACAUCUUGGGGUUUACCUUGCAAUUGAACUCCUACUUGAAGAAGAAUGGAAAUAAGUGAUGCUCUUCAUGUCAGGAAAAAGGAAUGAGAUUGAUGUAAAACAAAAAAAAGAAAAGUCUUGAACUUGAAGGAACUGCUGCUGGUUGCUUCAAUGGAGAUACAGAGCAUUUUAGGAGGAAGAAGAAAGUAGAAGACAACGGUCAAUUUUUACCUAAUGCAACCGGUGAACAAAAGCCAAACAACAACACGAGUUAAGUGAAACAAUAAAAGGAAUUAUUUAUUGUUAUUCUAUAGUUGUGAUUAUUGUAGCAAAAUCGUAAAUAAAUUGAAUUAUUCUGGAUAAACUUUUCAAUAAUUUUUGUGCCCAUAGUGUGAAUUUGUGAUAUAUUGAUCCGUGUAUUUUAGCUUCUAAAUGUUUCGACUUUCCGACUACCGGAAUUCCUCUCCUGCUUCGUUACCUCCACCGCCGAUUCAUUUCUUUGCUAGCUUGAAACUGUUCAUCAGGUAAUCGAAUCAGGUACAUUUCUCAGUAUUUUCGGUUCAGUUGAUUUCCUGUCAAUAUUUUAUAUACAACGUGAAUGAAAUGCUGUAAGUCGAUAACUAUUAAUGGUAAUAAUCGUUAGUAGUUUUUGUAAUGAAAUUAGAAACAGCAAUUUAUUGAUAAAAUUAUCAGGUUAGUAUUAAGGUCAUUUCACUCUACUAAACAUGUUUUGUUCACCAAUAUGAGAACAUGUGGGUCGAACUUUAGGACGGUGUAAUUGUCAUUUUUUCUGACAUAUGGGUUGAACAGUUUGUAGGCACAAAAUGUGCUACCUUUGAUGUGCUUCUGGUUGAAAGAUAUCCCUUUAUUUUGCUACACAAUACACCAAAACCUAGAACUUCGAUUCUUGCAAUAUAGGAAAAGGAAAGGGAGGGAAGAGUAGAAAUUUUCAAAGAAAAACUUGGUGCUAAAUGUCAACAGUUUAGAAUUGAGAUGAGAAAUUUGGAAGUACCAUAGAGGUUGAGUUGUAUGUUUGACAUUUUCUUGAAAGCUUAUUAUACAAUUUCGAAGGAAGCUACAUAGAAAUCGCACAAUUUUAAAAGCAAUAAGAAAUUUUACACUAAUGCUUAUAAAAACAUGUAGUUUUAGUCCAUCCACCUCACCAAAUUACUCAGAAGUCAAUAGUUUAUCUCUCCUUUGAACCAUUUUCUGUUUUCCAUUUCUUUCUCCUCUCCCUCUCCCAAAUAACCCAAUGGCCGAUGUGCUUGUCUCCGUUGCUGGUAAGCUCAUUGAAGGUAUUGGGUCUGCUGUCAUUCAAGAGAUUUUGCGACGCUGGGGAUACAAAUCUGAACUUGAAAGUCUCGAAGAAACCAUCUCUAGCAUCAGGAGAGUGCUUCUUGAUGCGGAGUCCAAGAGAGAGCUCACCAAUGAAGAACAAGGCUAUAUUGGAAAGCUCAAGGAUGCAGUCUAUGAUGCUGAUGAUUUGUUUGACGAGUUCCUCACCCUAGCUGAGCUGAAGAAAGUUCGACCAGAUACCAAGCAUGGCAAGUUCUUUGGAACGGUUAGUUCUUUCUUUUCUUCUAAGAACCAAGUGGGGGUAGCGUAUAGGAUGUCUCGCCAAGUUAAGGAAAUUAGGAAGACCUUGGAUUGUAUUGUCGCUAACAAUAGAUAUGGGUUUAGUGUCGAUUACAAACCUAUUAUUAGGAGGAGGGAGGAAACAUGUUCUUAUGUUGAUGCCAAGGAGAUCAUUGGGAGGGAAAAUGAUAAGAUGGCGGUCAUAGAUAUGUUACUAGAUCCUAAGGUUGAUGAUGUUCAGUUCUUAACUAUAGUUGGAGUGGGAGGGUUAGGAAAAACAGCUCUUGCCCAACUUGUAUUUAUUGAUGGAAUGGUUGAAAAAGCGUUUCCAGAUUUGAGGCUAUGGGUUUGUGUCUCGGACCAAGAUGGGAAGAGUUUGGAUGUGAAAACAGUCCUUUGGAAGAUUCUUGCACUAGUUACUAGUAGAAAGAAUAAUAUCGCAUGUGGCUCUGAUGAACUGGAAAAAGUACAAAAUGAAUUCCAGAAAUAUUUCAGAGGACGUAAAUAUUUGCUUGUUCUCGAUGAUUUGUGGAAUGAGCAUCUAAAUAAGUGGCUUGAAUUGCGAAGAUUCUUAUUGUUAGGUGGGGUAGGAAGCAGGGUUAUCGUUACAACACGCUCAAAAAACACAGCAAAAAUCAUAGGUGAUACAUGUAUUUAUAACCUAGGUGGUCUUUCUCCUGAGAGUUCCUGGCAAUUGUUUAAAGUAGCAGCUUUUAAGGGAGGGCUAGAACAAGUAGAUAAAUUAGUUGGGACUGACAAGAAGAUUGAUGAUGAAUUAGUAAGGAUCGGGGAGAAGAUUGUUGAAAGAUGUUGUAGUAAUCCUCUUGCAAUAAAGGUUGUAGGAAGUCUUUUGUAUGGACAAGGCAUACAUAAGUGGAGAUCAUUUGAAGAGAGCGGGUUGGCUGGAAUUGGUAAUGGUGAUAAUGAUAUUAUGUUUAUAUUAAAGCUUAGUUACCAUAACCUUGCUUCCUCUUUGAAGAAUUGCUUUACUUACUGUUCAUUAUUUCCUAAGGACUUUCCAUUUAAUAAGGAUAUGGUGAUUAGUGGUUGGAUGGCACAAGGCUACAUUGUUCCUUUUGAUAGGGGUCAAAGUAGAGAAGAUGCUGCAAAGGAGUAUUUUUCUAUUUUGUUGCGUAGAUGUUUUUUUCAAGAUACGGUGAAGAAUAAAUUUGGUGAAAUCGAGUGGUUUAAAAUGCAUGAUUUAAUGCAUGAUGUUGCUCAAGAAGUAUCAAGGGAAGAGAUUUGUAUGGUGAGUUCUAUGACAAACUUGGGAGAUAGAAUACGUCAUGUAUAUUACUUUGGUGACAAAUAUAUAGAGAGCUGCUCUAAUAGCAAGAUCCGUUCAUUUAUAGAUAUGCAUCAUAAUAAGCCUGUAAUGAUUAAAGAAAUAGAUAGCUACAAAUGCCUUAGGAGGUUGGACUUGAGAAAUUCUCAGUUUGGUGACAUGAGUUUGUUGCAUUCUAUAGGGAAGCUACUGCAUUUGAGGUAUCUUGACUUGUCUAACAAAAAAGAGCUGAAGGUGCUUCCUAAUUCGAUUACUGAGUUACAUAAUCUGGAGACAUUGAUCUUAAUCAAUUGCAUAAAUUUGAGACAAUUACCAGAACAUUUUAGCAAACUAGUACAACUUAGGCACUUAGAUUUACGAUGGUGUGGUCUAAGUGUUAUGCCUUCAGGUAUGAAUAAAUUGACUAGUCUUAGAGUGUUACCAAUCUUUGUGGUAGGUUAUGGGGAGCUCAAAGACCUAUUAGCGUUUACCAACAUAGAAGGCAAGAUCCACAUAAAAAUUAAUGCAAACUACAGUGGUGUGGAAGGAAUGAAUGAUAGGGAGGAAGGGUAUCUGAAGACUAUGAAACAUCUCACUGCAGUUGAAAUCACAUUUGAUCGACGGUGUGUUGACUCUGAAGUAGUGAUGAAAAAGUUGGAGCCACAUUCAAAUGUCAAGGGGUUCAGCUUGAAGGGGUACUUUGGUAAGAAAAUUCCAAGGUGGGGAACGGAAGAUAAUAAUUGGGCAAUAACUCUUUCACAUCUUGUUGACAUUCAACUAGAUAACUGUCCAGAGUUGGAGCAGAUGCCAUUACUGAGUAAAUUACCUCAUCUGAAAUCAUUGACAUUGUCUAAUUUGAGAAAGUUGGAGUAUAUGGAGGAUGCAAACAGUGGUGGCACCAAUGCAGAAGCAGCAGAAUCAAUGACAUUUUUUCCGAACCUUGAAUCUCUUGAGCUUAGUCUCUUCAUAAGAUUGAAAGGAUGGUGGAGGGGGGAGGGUUUGGUUGAUGCUGAUGAUGUCUUGAGGAGAAAAUAUAGAUUCCCCCGCCUUUCCAAAUUGAAAAUCACCUGUUGUUGUAAUCUGACGUCAUUUCCUUCUUGUCCAAGCCUAGAAGAACUCACAUUGUCAGGGAACCAUAAGAAUUUGCAGAUAUUGAAAAACCUCAAGGAUAAAGAAGAGGAUGAGGUUAAAUUGAAGAUUGUAGAUAUUUUGGACAAUAACGUGGGCUGUUUGAAAUCAAUACGAUCCCCGUGCCUUACUGCACUUGCAGUAAGUUUUAAAGAUGUAGGAAUAACGUCAGAAGUUGGGGAGGUAUUCCAAAACCACGCUUCUUCUCUACAAAAACUUACAAUCUAUGAUUGGUUCUUCACAAAAAGGCACUCAAGUCUUGCAGGGUUAGGGCUGGAGCAUCUCACCUCUCUGGAAUUACUUGAAUUUAUUUUUGAGGAACCUAGUUAUUAUGGUGUAGAGCGCAAGUACAAUGACGACGACGAUGACGAUGGUGAAGGAAUGAUUUGGAAAUCACUGAACCAGAGCCUACAUACUCUUCGUUUUGAUGACCAUGAAGAUAUAAGGAGACUGCCUAGGGGGAUACAGUACCUGACCUCUCUCCAAACCCUCCAACUUUGGCGGUGUCAUAAUUUGCAAGCUCUCCCAGAUUGGAUGAAUUGCUUAUCCUCCCUUCGCUCAUUGUCCAUUUAUCAAUGCAUUUCCCUAAAGUCGCUUCCCGGAUCAAUUCAAAGCCUUAUUUUACUUCAGAGACUCGAGAUUCGUGAGUGUACAGCAGAGCUAGGAGAAAAGUGCAAAGAACCUUACGGGGAAGAUUGGCCAAAGAUUCAACAUAUCCCCCAUAUUGAGAUCAGGCCCCUUCCUCGAGAUUUUUCAAGUAAGCAAUUGAUGAUUUGUGGGAGUCGCGUUGAAACUUGGCCCGAGACAUCUCGACAUAUGAGGGAUUCUUGGCUCGUAACGGAAUAUGGAGGUAGCUUGCUUAGAUGUUGAAUUGUUGAGGUACGUGUGCAAUGUGCAUUUGAUCCAGCUUCGUAAUAGGCUGUUGGCUUAUUAGUACUCUUUUGUUCCUUAUUAUUUGCCAUAAAAGUCUUAAAUGGAUGACUUGGUCGAUUCUAAAAUAAUGUGCAUACUUUCAUUUGAAGAGUAAAAUCAAGUGAUUUAAAUUCAUAGUGAGAUAUUAUAUUUUAUUUUUUUUUGUUCGAUAGAAAGAAACCAUUUCCAGUUCAGAGCUAAAGGUCAUCAAAACAGCAACUUCUACAAGAAGAUCGUGUUUGUGAUAAGUUGGUCAUGGGACUUUAUCAAGUGUGUUAUCCACAAAGCCUAAAUUUGUCAACUCCAUCACAUACGAAAUUACUCGUAAUUAGUUAUUUGUUAAUUAUUAUCAUGGCAAAGAUGCUAUUUGUGCUAGUAUCAAGUAUUUACAUAUACUUGCUAGUCACCGAGAAUCAAGUCUUGUCUUAUUUUGAA